AUGGUGCAAAGGCACAUGCAGGGCGGGCCCCACCCUCCCCAGGCCCCCGCCCCGCCGGUGGGGUACGUCUCCAGCACGCUGGUGUCGGACCUGGAGACAGACAUCCCGGACGAGGACGAGGAGGACGAGGAAGACGAGGAGGACGACGAAGGUUACGAGAUCGCGCGGCCCCUCCGUGGCAUGGAGCACACCCCGGGCUCCAGCAUGGACAACCUGGACAGCUCCGUCACAGGCUCAAUGGUGAAUGGCUGGGGCUCGGCCUCAGAGGACGAGCGUAACUUCUCCAGCCGCCGGUCCAGCGGCGCCAGCUCCUCCGACGGCUCCAUCUUCACCCACGUCGGCUUCGCCCAGGCGCUGGUGGCGGCCGCCGACAAGGCCGGCUACCGCUGCAAUGGCACCAGCCUGACCAAACCAGGAAAAGGCCACGCCCACCGGGCCGGACGUCCCAGCAGCCCCUUCUCCACCGACGGCAGCACGAUGGGGACGCACAGCCUGGGACACCAGAGAGCGGCGCGCCCCACCCGAAAACACAGGGCGGGGCGUCUGGAGCAGGGAGCCACGCCACACCGCCGGGACGCCAGCGCAGAUGACCUACCUCCGCCCCCCGACCCCCCGCCCUGCCAGGGGGGGCGCAUGCCCGGGGUGCGGGGCGUGGGGGGCCUGGGGGGCCUGGGGGGCCUGGGCGGCGGCGCCCCUGGUGAGCGCAAGGCGUCCUCCCUGGAGCGGCAGCACGUGAGCGGGCUGGAGGAGAUGAGGAGCUCGCUGGAGCGCCACCGCCAGGCCCAGGAGCGGCUGGGAUCCUCGGAGCGCGGGGAGCGCGGGGACGAGGGUCGGCGGGGCCACAGGACCGGCCCCGGCUCGGAGGAGGGCCUGUUGCCCUACAGCAAACCCUGCUUCCCCUCCCCCGGGGGCCACAGUUCCUCCGGCACCGCCUCCUCCAAGGGCUCCACGGGGCCCCGCAAGGGGGGCGAGGGGUCUCGAGGGCCCCACCAACGGACCAUCGCAGACCACGCCGACGUGGGCUACCUGGGGACCAACGGGCAGGGGCAGUACUCCGGAGAGUUAUAGUGACCUGGUCAGGAGAUCAGAAGCAUCAUGCUCAGACUGGCCCCUCAUGCAAGCUAUUCCCUCACCCCGGUGUGGUGCCAUGAACUCUUUUCCUCGUUUGUGUUCUGUUAGAAGGAAGAAGAAGAAGAAGAAAAAAAAAACAAAACAAGAAGAUGACGAUAAAAGAAAUGAAACUGUAAAUGUGAUGUAAAAAAAAAACGAAAAACACGCAGUCACAGACACACAUCCCACAAUGUUGAUUUGACGUUUUUUUGUCCUUGCGAGAAAGUCUCUCCCACCUGCCACCUUAACUAUUUCUUGUCAGGAAACGUUAACCAAGUUAAUUACUAAACGUAAAGUAUCGAUGAGGAUGAAAGGGAAAGGAAGCUUACCCAGUUGCUGCCCCUUUGAAUGGGGGUGAAAAGGGAUUUUGUUCCUGUAAAUAAUUGGAUUUGUCGUUGCAUUGCUAUGCAAGCCUAAUCCCGUUUCUGCUUUUUCAUAUCUUGUCCUUUUCUCCUGGUCAUUUGUACUAUAUGUGAAUUGAUCGGCUGUGGUGCCAUAAAAUAAUUGUUUUAAUAUUCAGCAUUUUGUUAAUAAUUAUUAUUAUUAUUAAUUGAUUAAUUAUUAUGGUUAAUUAUUGUUUUUUUGCACUGCAAUUCUUUGGUGAUAAGCACAAAUACAUAGCUCCUGCUGACAUGAAGUACCGGAAGGAUAUGUGAAAAGGAGUUUCUGUACUGUAAACUAGAAAUAAAGAAAUAUAUUCAGAUGUAUAGAGAGAUAUUAAAAGUGGAGGGGUUGCAAACAGAAUACAGAGUAGAGACUGAUGCCCGGCUUCAAGUGGGCCAAAGGACGUUCAGCUAGGCCUCACCUUUCUGCAGUAGACCAUCGUACGAAGGGGGGGCCUUUAGUGUUUCUUUACGGCAGUAAUGGGGUUCUCUUGAAGCUAUGGCCGACUAGUGAGUCCGUUGCGGUGUGAGAUUAGGCAUAGGAUGGGGGGGGGAGAAGUGAGAUGUCUGCUGGUCCAGUGGCUGAAAGAGAGAAAGGAAGAGAGGAAGAGUGAAAGAGUGGAAUGGGGACUCGCCUCUUUCUGAACUAGUUUCUGAAGGGUGAAGGCCUGUGUGCGUCUCUGGAGGCCUCGAACCUCCAGCCGACGCCGCCGUGAAAGAUUUGGCUUCCACGGCUUGCCAUUAGCACAUGUCGCGGCCAGGGAUGCAGAACGCCAAGCUCCUCGCCUUCAUCGCCCAGCCCUCAUCUUCAUCACUCAGUCAAACGCCCGUCUUUUCCAAACUGUCGUCCCUUCUCGUGAUCCGCCAUUUUGUUUAGAUUUUUUUUUUGUUUUCAUUCCACGUGGUAUUUUCGAAAAGCUUUUGGGUUUUCUUGUUUUUUGUUUUUUUUAUUUUUACUUUUUUGCUAAGAUUAUUAUGGACUGUGUAUCCUGGUGUCUAAGAAAGUGCAAAGUGACCACAGCAAUCGCUGCAGCUCAGACAGGUGCAUCUUACCCAGUAAAAGACGGGGUUGGUUUUGGCAGGUUACUGUGACUCUGUCGGUCCUGUUUGUGAUAUGAUUUGUUCUUCAGCACUUGUGUUUGCCUUUCAACACUAAGGGAGACCAACUGACAGUCUGACUAAUGCUGUUUUUUUCACCAUUUGGCACUUAAUAGUAUGAACACUUGCAGGCCUAAAGUGACAAUAAAAUAUUUGUAAUCCAGCAUGGAUGUUUCAGUUUUGAUUUUUCAUUCAAAGAACACCCCCCCCCCCCCCACAGCUUCUUAAUGAAAUGAACUGCGUAGCUGUAGAUUUUAACUUAAUUGUCUUUGGUGAGUGUUACUGUAAUGUAAUGUAACGUAAUGGCAUCGCAUUUCACAAACAGCACAAAACAAACUCAAAUAACUCUACCGAGAAAUGACAUUCAUUUAAAGUAAGGCAGUCCUCAUUUUCCCCCAACCUGAUUCAUUUGCCCGGUCUUUCCUGGUUCCCUGAUCAGCAGAGGUAUUGACACUGCCUACAGUCCCGUUACUGCUUGCUGUGGACUGUCCGAACAGCCAUCGUUGCCACCUUGUGCAUUUUAAUAUAAGGCAGUUUAUCCAGCAGUCUUAGCAACAUACACAUUUCCUCAGUGUCGCCUGUGAAGACAGAAGUAUUCAUUUUUUCUGUGUUAUUCAUUCUGCAGGUGUUGUCUGUACCUGCUUUGGUAGCUCAUUUUCACCUCAUUUACAUGUUGAGCAUCGGUGUCAGGUGUGUGAAAGGCCCUCGUGUUUAGUCUUGCGCUCUCAAACUUGGGGCAUCUUGGAGUUACGUCCCCCUACAAGUCCUUAAAUAGGUUUAGCGUUUUGUCUUUUAACUAGGGGUUCAUACAUGAAUAGAUAAGAUGGGUUAAAAUAUCUUCCGGUUAAACUCUGGUUUAAUAACAAUUCUAAUUACUGUUAGUAGUAACCCCAGAAACUCCUAGGAACUGCAGCUGAAGCAGCAGCUGAAUUUCUCUCACUCACGUGAUGUGAUCCCUCCCUUAGAACCUAUGAGCCAAUAGCGACGCAGGACAGACCACGAUCAGGGCCACAACAGGAAGAGGAAGUGAGAUUUGAUUGGGUCGGGUCGGGAUGUACAAGAGCUGUGUUCCAAUAGCAGUCUGCUCCUCCGUUCACUGUCAGACAGCAACUGUGUCUUCUGGCAUCUCCUUUGGUAUUUCAAUCACAGAUGUUCUCCAUCUGUUUAUUUAGUCUUUGUUGCUGUUUGUUUUAUUUUAUUUUAUUUUAUUUUAUUUUUUUAAAUCACAGUGUUUUUUUGUAGCUACGUUUUGGUCCGGUGUUUUUAAAAUUAUUUUGUAUAAGUAAGGACACGAAAACUUAAAAAAAAAAAAAAAAAAAAAAAAUUAAAGGCUGCUUUAAAAAAAAAGAAGAAAAAAAAAAGAAAUUAAAAAAGGUUUCAAACAUUCUUGUUCAGGAUAUUACUGGUUUAAUGACUGUUGCUGUUCUCCUCUUUUAUACUGAUGAUGAUGCAGAUGGGAGGGGUGGAGUUCCGAGCUUCUGUCAGACUUCCUGUUCUACCGUUCUGUUCGCGUCACUGUCAUUUCUUAUUGUUGACCUAGUGGCCAGUCUUCUGGAAAUGAGGUGCAUAAGGUAUCUCAGGUUAUUUUACAUUCUGUUUGUGUUGGAAGGCGUGUACAUACAUGUAUAUAUCCAUAUACAUUUCCACAACAAACAUGGUGGCUUUUAUUGCUGUAUGACCCCCUGCCCCGCCCCUUGUACGUCCAUUUUGUUUUUUUUAAAAAGUCUUUUUUUUAAACCUAUGGUUUGGAUGUACCCGUUCACAUGCCAGUUUCUAUCUAAAGAGACGCUAUGUCAGGAACAGAGCAUACCAAAACUAACAUCAACAUUUCAAGUCAUGUAUUUUUAGUGUCUUUUUUAAUACUCAUGAUUUUCCUUAAAAAAAAUCACAGUGUUGUUGUUUUGUAUUUAUUAAAAAUAAUAAUAAAAAAUAAAAGGUAUAUUGUGAUAUAUGCAUAAAGAUUUGUGGAAUAUAAACUUUUUUUUUUUUUUUUUUUACUCUAAUUGUCGUAAAACUUAGCUAUCAGAGAUGAGAAGCUAUGCCAUAAGGAUUUAUUGAAUCUUAAGAUUCAUACUUCAGGUGAAAUACUGAAUUGUCCAGUCUCAGUUGUACCAAAACUUUGAGGAAGUGUCACUUUGUGUCCUGCAUGUUUGCCACUCGACUUCCUCUAGU